UCGUAAUUCUGCGGUAAGGGAGGAUGCUCCAACGCCGCGAUCGCUUGUGGUGCACCCACGUAUUCGUAGCUACGACUCGGGGGACCGUAUUCGAAGUGUGGCGGCGUUGAAGGCAUCGGUUGAUAAGGAGACAUACGUUCGGCAGGGAUGUAUGGGGAUACUCCACGGAAAAAAUCUGGUGGUGGUGGGACUGGGGAUACACAUCGCAUCGGGGCCGGAGACGGCUGUAAACAAAAAUUGUUUAUGUGAUUUCAAUGUAUUCUAAUGUCAUUUACAUGUCAGUUUAUUUUGUUAUUCCAUGAUUAUAUUUUUUAUUUUAUUUGUAAACUUGGGGAUGGUUUUGGGUACAAAGGUGUGUCAUACGGAAAAACCUGCUGAUCUGAGUGAGAAAUGUAAUGAGGCGAUAUUAUUAGACACGAAUGAAGGAAAUUGUGAACCUGAGCAGAAAAUUAACAAUGGGGAUAGUGAAAAUGUUAAAGAAAGCAGGUCCGAUAUGAAUUAUGUAUUGAUUAUGAUCAGUCCAGAUGUACCAGGUGAUCCAAACUGUAAGGGCGUUUUUGGAGAUGUUAAAUUUCCAAUGCAUAGGACUAUAAAGCCUUUAAAUGAGGAGCAACACUCAGGUUCGUGUUCAGCUCCAGGUAAUAAAAAGCAUCAUCCAAGGGACAUCAAGAAGACCUGCACUGAUAUGUUACAUAAAAGUGUUUUGGAUCUUGUUAAUUGGGUACAACGCGAGAAAAAAAUGAAUACAGUCAGCAUCACUGUAAGCAACCUCUAUGUGGAUCAAAACAAAGUGGUAAAGGUGGUACGAUCCCCAGAGAAAGCUUCCUCAGAGAAAACUAAAUCAAGAUCUAGUAACAAACACCACCACCACAGCAAUAAUCAUAAUACUCAUCAUAACAGAAAAAUACUACCUCAUCCAAUAAUUUAUAGAUCUGCACGUUCACAUAAGGUCCACAAAUAUCUGGAUCAAGGUGAUCCUGUUGAUGAUAUUUACGAUUUUGAUUUGUUCCCCGAAGAAAAAGCUUUGGAUUUGCAAAUGGUUCCUACAGAAUCUCCCCUUGAUGCAAACUUGAUUGCUAUGACUAGAGUUGAAGAGGCACCUUUGGACCAAAUUAUUGCUGAUUUUACUUCAUCGAAACCAAUACCAAAGAAGGAGAUUACAGAAGGGGCAGAAAAAUAUGAUGAUAAAGUUUAUGAUGACAUCGCAGAUAUGGUUUCUGACGUAGUUUCAUCAGUUGCUUCCGAUGUAACUUACAGUGUGACAACGGAACGUGAAAUAACCUCAAAACGUCAUCAAAAGUUCAGAACACCACAUUCAACAACUUCAGAGUUACCCAAACGGACUACGGAUGUUGAAAACAACUUUCAUGAUGAAGAAAAUGAUGAAACUCUUGGUAUACUACGAAAAGUUAAUGGUAAAAGUGCAAAUGGUUUACCAAUGUACGAAUUGGUACCACCUGAUAUGCUUAACUCUAGAAAACCAUCAUAUUCAGAAAAAAAUGAUUUGAAUUUAAGCAAUACUCCAAGAAAUAUUAAAAUAUUUGAUAAGAAAGAUACAGCAAUCGAUGCAGAAUACGAUGAAGACUUAGAUGCAACCACAGAAGCAUUAUUGAAAUACCGCACCACUUCUACGCCGAACGCGGAUAUCAAGACCACCCGAGCCUAUUUACAACAUUCAUCUAUAGAUAUGAGUGAAGGUUCGAAAGAUGAUAAUACUGGGAGUAAUUCUGAAGGUAUUAACGAAGAUUUACCCACAAUAGCUCCUGAAAGUUGCACUUACUAUACAAAUGAAUCUGAAGAGCCUGACUUAAGUAGUGUUCAAAAAGGAACUUCCACAAAUAAAUUACUAGAAGCAACUAAUCAACCUCCAUUGCUGGAUAUAAUGUCUGUAUUAAAACAACAGUUCUUUCAUACAUUUCUUGAUACAAUGUCAUUGGAUGAAAAAGGCUCUUCACCUUCAUUGUUGGCAAUGACACGAAAUCUUUUCAAACAAAUUGAGAGUUAUCCAUCAGUAAAUGGUUACUUAGCAUUGAUUAAUGGUGGAAAUGUUAGUGAUUUGAAGAAUUGUUCAUCAGAUCUCGUCAAAACCCUACAUUUUAUAUUCAGUGCUUCUGACCUUGAGAAAACUGUCAUUGUUUUGACAGCUACAUGUCCAUCUGCUAAUAAUAAUCUGCCAUUUUUGGUUGCUGGCCCUAAUAUUGACAAUUUUAAAAAUGUUGUGACAUUGCAAGAUGUUCCUAAUCAAAUUAAAAAUCAUAUACAACAUAAUGGAGGUACAAGGAAUAAUAAUAAUAAUAAUAAUAAUAAUAUUCAUGAUCGUAAUAAUAAUAAUUAUAACAAUGCUAAGAAACAUGUUAAAAGUGAUAUACGUAAUGGAAGACAUAAUAUUCAGAGAAAACAUAGAAUUACCAAUGCUCCAAGACAAAGAAUUAACCAAUUAUUUGAAUCUUUUCCAAAUAGUGAAACAUUCGGUGAUGAAUUAGCGGAAAGUCUAGUAGCGCCAUCUGAUAUUUGGUAUAGUGAUAUACAACUGGAUAGCGAUGCACAAUUCGUAGACUAUGACAAAAUGGCGAUGGAUGAAGGUUAUGAAAGUGAAUCACAUAAUCAGGUUCAAGAGCCCAAUUUUGACCAGGAGCAUGAAAUGGUUAAGAGAGAAUCGUCAACGAAUACUCAUCUAUCGAUUAAAAAUGGCAUUCUAAAUGGCCGUGCGCCUAAGAAUGGAGGCGGUGAUUGACCAUGAGGCGGUGGACCAGGUGAAGGCCAACGUGGCCGAGGGCAAGGCAUGUGCGGUAAACGCGGAGCGCCAAACAUCGGCAUGCCUGGCGAGCCUAGACGCGGUGGCGGUGAAGGAUUGUAGGGUGAACCGGGGCGGAAGUGCAAUGGGGACCAACCCGGUGGACCACCACGCCCGCCUCCGCCAGGGCCCGGGCCCGGCGCUGACAUCGGUGACUAGUUGGUGUACUACUAGUCGAUGCAAAGAAAUCCAAACAUCUGAAAUGAAAAAUGAAAUUUUAUGAGAUUUAUUCAUUCAUUGUGAUGUGAGUACAUAUCCACGUCACAUUAAUAUUAUUUUUACACAAAA